UGUCCAAAAGCCAUAACAGCGGGUCCGAGCACGACUGCGACGACGAAAACAAAACAAAGGAGCGAGAUACCCACGGAUUUGUUCGGGACUUUUCUGUGUGUUCGCCCUGCCUCGGACAGAGAGCUGUAACCUGCUCCUCCAUUUUUGAAGCCCUCCUCAGCUCCACUGUAAAUAGACAAAACAACAGAAUGUCACAUGCACAUUUCAGGGGCGGCCCAGUCUUCGGACUUUCUGCAGAGGUCAAGAGUAAGCUGGCAGGGAAGUACGACCCCCAGAAGGAAGACGAGCUGAGGCUGUGGAUUCAGGAUGUGACCGGCAAAAGGAUCGGGGACAACUUCAUGGAGAGUCUGAAGGAUGGAGUCCUGUUGUGCGAACUCAUUAAUGUUCUCCAGCCAGGUUCUGUGAGGAAGAUCAACACCUCCAGUCAAAACUGGCACCAGCUGGAAAACAUAGGGAAUUUUGUACGAGCGAUCACAGAGUACGGCCUGAGGCCAGAUGACAUCUUUGAGGCCAACGAUCUGUUUGAGAAUGUCAACCACACUCAGGUCCAGUGCACACUCAUAGCUCUGGCUGGAAUGGCCAAGUCCAAAGGUUUCCACUCCAAGUACGACUUGGGAGUGAAGUAUGCUGAGAAACAGCAGCGCCGCUUCGCUCCAGAGAAGCUCAGGGAGGGACGUAACAUCAUAGGCCUGCAGAUGGGCACUAACAAGCUUGCUAGCCAAAAGGGCAUGACCUCUUACGGCACACGACGCCAUCUGUAUGAUUCCAAGAUGGCCAUGGACAACCCACUGGACCAGUCUACUAUCAGCCUACAGAUGGGCACCAACAAGGGAGCCAGCCAGGCUGGCAUGACAGCCCCGGGAACUAGGAGGCACAUCUUUGACAAGAAGCUGGAGCUGGAGAACUGUGAUACCACCACCAUCUCUCUGCAGAUGGGCACCAACAAAGUGGCCUCCCAGCAGGGUAUGACAACCUACGGCCUGCCCCGCCAGGUCUACGACAAUAAGUACUGCACCAACCCCACCGAGGCCUACUAUAACAAUGGGAGUGAGGUGGAGUUUGACGGCUACAACCAGUACUCUGACUAACGAAACCACAAACAUCCUCACCCCCUUCCUCCUCUUUGCUUAAUCCAGACAACCAACCACAGCUGUCUUUGUGACGAGCAAACUUUCCAGACUGUUAUUUAACACUGAUUGACGUCAUAUUUCUACGACAUACUUUUACUCUUAGGAAUUUUUUGUUUGUCUUUCCAUGAGUCAAAGAAAAAAAUAAUGUUUACUCUGACCUUAUGUCAAUAAGCGGCCAACUUCUGCAUCUCAUCGCUCUGAUGAAUUUUAUUAUGGCUAAAAAUACCCAAACAACACUCAGAAGUUGAGAUUUAAUGACUUUUGCUAUUUAUAGAUUGUUUUUUAUGGCUUUUUUUACUGUUUUUACCCCUGUCCUCACCUCCCUACCCUUCCAAUCCAGUUUGAACACUGACGAAGCAGAAUUUAACAGUUCCUUGAAAGGAAACAAGUGACCGUGUUGGUGCUAUUUAACUUUGACCCAGUUGGAACAGGGGCCAUGUCCACAUUGGAGCACCGCAAGUCAGUGGGCUCCAGGAUUCCACUCCUCGGGAUGACACAGAAGUUCCAGGUCCACAGACUGACCGGGGCAGAAUAUGCAGGAGGACUUGUAGCUUUGUGCGGACAUUGCUUUGUUUUGUGAGCACCUGGCUGACAGAUAGUCUUGUGAACAAGACAGCCAAAUUACCCAUCACGCCAUUUUAUGGGACUAAUUUACAUGGCUUGUGUGCAGCACGACUCUUUUGGUUUUUGACGAAGUAUUUAGAAAACGUAGAGGGGUCUACCAGACAAUGAUUUUAUAAAGUAGAAGAGCAAAUGUAGGUAGUUGUGAUAUUUAGUGUGAAGUUGGGGUACACUUAAUCACCAGUAGUUUUUAUCCUGUUUUUUUUUUUUUUUUCUUGCUUCCUUUCGGAAACAUUUUGCCGUAUGCCUCAUUCAACUUUGGCUUUAGUGCUGUUACUCCAUUUGCACUUUACCUGGCUCCACAUUGUGUGAAGUAAACAGUGGUGGAAUGCAACUAAGUACAUUUACUCAUACUGGACCCUAAAUACACAUUUGAGGUACUUUCCUUGAGUAUUUCCAUUUGAUGCCACUUAAUACUUCUACAGCAGUUCAGAUGGUAAUAUCGUACGUUUUACGCCACUUGUUAUAGUUACUUAACAAAAUUUCACAUAAAAGCAAAUUAGUAAAUACAUUGUAAGUAUAGGUAAUAACAUCCACAGAAGGUAUUUCUACUUUUCAUACUUCUAUAAAUUAAAUUUGCUAAUAAACUAACAUUUUGAAUGCAAGACGUUUACUUGUAGAGACUUUGUUUUAAUGCUUUUGCUCAAGUACAGUACCGGAGAACUUCAUCCACCACAGUCAAUAUGGCAAUAUCAAAGGUGGAGUGGUGCUUGCUGAUAAUUGCUCAGUGAAUCAUGCCAAAUAGAGAUGAGCUUCUCAUUUAGAAAUUUCUGCAUGUUCUACUGUUAACCCACUGAACGUCCUGAAUGUAAUUUAACGCUCAUUAGCAGUCAUGGGACUUCACACAUUAGAAGGCAGAAAUGUUCAUUUACAAAGUUAUAUACAGAGGAGCCUCAGGCACGUGCGGUCUGGUGUAACACAUUAGAACCUCUGCAUUGCUUUGUAAAAUAUUCAGACUUACUGGCUUUGAAUCAGCUGUUAAAGAAGCUUCACGUUUGUAUUCAUGUGCUGGGCUCCAAUAGAUUGGAGCUCUUAAACGGUUCAUUGUCCUUCAGGAUCAAAGGCGUCAUAGCUAUGAGUUAGGACAUGUAGCAGUGAGCCAUCUAGUGGGAAGAAAAGCACAUGUACCGUGUUUUUUAACCCAUCAAAUGUCUAAACAUUCUUUUUUUAUUCUAUCAAAUGGUAGGAAUGUAGUGUGUUGGGGGGUUUUUUAACAGUGCAUUAAUUUUCAUUUCUUCCCUGUGAUGUCCAGAAUAUUAACAAUGUUGAGUAAAUGUAUAGUAACAUUUCACCUUUAAUGUAUUGGCUUUGUUUCAACAUUGUUCAAACUUUACAUCUUUGCUAACUUCUUGUUUUCUCUUUAUAUGCAUUUCACUAAACAUGACAUUUGUGCAAUAAAAACACUUGAAAAAUA